AUGAUCAUCAACAUGAUAUCCGCGCACCCACCAAAAGCCAACGCGCUGAGAAGCCGGAUUUCGGCGCCUCCAGGCUCGGCCAGCUCUCCACGGUCAGCCAAGAGAGUCGCAUCAGCUGGAGGAGUGAAAAAAGCUGCAACAGCCAAGCCAACCUCCACGCGGUCUGCUAAUCAGCUUAAGAACAACGCACUCUUUCAGGCCAUCAAGGGUAUUCCCAGAACAUCUCCGACAGCCCCUGCCCAACCAGCUCAGCCACGACCAGGCCAGGAGUUGAGAGACCGAAUCUCCGGAAAGACGCCCGCAAAGACUCAAGCGCCACCUCCAGCUAAGACAAAGAUCCCAGCCAAGCCCGCACACCCUCUGGCAAGCCGGUUCGGCCAGCCUCCUCUUCCUAAGUCCAAGUUGGACAAGCUGGGCACAACAACUGCUCCCUCCCACAGCAGAUACAACGGCAGCGACACCAGCCGCUCCUACAGUUCAAGCCAUAGCUCAUCGAGUGACAACCACAGAUCCACGCACGACACCUCGGCGUCCUCUACUUCUUCCAGGAGAGACGACAAGCACGUACGAGGCGGUGGACACGACAAGUAUGGCAACUACGACAAGUACGGAAAUAACGACAAAUUUGGCAGAAGCCAGGAGAGGUACAACAGUCGAGAAAGAGAGCGGUACGAGCGAACAGGGGGAUCGGAUAGAGCCGUCAGUAGCGACAGCAGAGACAGAUUUGGAAACGGUGGACGCGGCAACGAAAGCAGGAAUAGAUACAACGACCAGCCUCGAUCCCAGGCCCAAAGCUACCAAGAGUCUCGGGAAAGAUACUCUGAAGAUCGAGUGCGAUACAGAGCCACGUCCCCUCAGAAGCAUACUGCUCAGGAGGCCGUUGCUAGUCCCGCUGCGUACGCCAAUCCCGGAGAUACUGUUGCCGUUCGACCUGCUGCUCAGGUGUCUAACACAAAUUUCGGUGCAAAGGUACCGGAGCUGUCGGCCAACGGAACCCCUUCAUACUCAAUCAAGCAUCUGGCCAUGCCUCCCAUUGUUCAGAUCUCCAAUCUGGAUCGAGGAACCACUCGAGACGAUCUGUACAAGUUCUUUGUUGAGCUCGGCGCUAUCCGUGACUGUCGCAUUCUUACUCUGGGUACACAGGGUGCUAUGGGUGAGAUCACGUUCGAAGACCCUGAAGCUGCUAAAGUCGCCUUCGCAAAGUUCAAUGGCGCACUAGCCGAUGGACGACGACUCGUCGUCAACAUUGUCAAAUACAACUCCAUCGCCGACCAGAAGCCCGUGGAGGUUAACAACGCUGUGCACCACUGGCCUGGAGCUGGUAAUCUUCGAUCCGACGGCUAUCUGAACAAGUAG